GGGGGUGGGGGCAUAAGAAUACAUAUAGAUAAACAAAUGUAUUACAUAUACAAACAUUUAUUUUGUCCAAGUGGUAACAAAGCCACAUUGAAUUGUUUACUGUGUUCAAAGAUAACACAAACACUUCAACCAACAACAACAACAGCAAGAAGAAAGCCACCAAAAAAACUCCAUUAAAAUUUUAUGAUUUUUUGUUAAUAUUUCUUCAAGAAAGUGAAGGAAAAAAAUGGGAAGUAAAUGGAGAAAGGCAAAGUUAGCAUUAGGUAUAAACAUGUGUUUAUAUGUACCAAAAACACAUGAAGAUGAUUCAGAUACUAUGGUAAGAGGAAGAUUUUCAGAUGCAGUUUCAUUGUCACCAACAACACCAAAUAGAAACUCAGAAUGUCAUGUUGUUGUUGAUAUGCCAACUACACCUACACCUUCUUCUUCUGGUCUUCGUUUGCAGCAAAAACAACAUCAUACUACUUCCAAAUCUUCCAAGAGUACUUGUGCAAUAUGUUUGAUGACCAUGAAACCAGGCCAAGGUCAUGCAAUCUUUACGGCAGAAUGCUCACAUUCAUUCCAUUUCAACUGUAUCACGUCGAAUGUAAAACAUGGCAACCAAAUUUGUCCAGUUUGCAGAGCGAAAUGGAAAGAAAUACCCUUUCAGAGUCCUCUUACUGAUAUAUCACAGCCAAGGUCCCGGAACGGACAUAUACAUUGGCCUCAAGAUGAUGCCUGGAUGACAGUUGUAAGACGGGUUCCUCCUGUUCGAUUGGAUACCAAUCGCAACAUUUCUACAGUUUUUCAAACUGUGGAACCAGGUGUGUUUGAUGAUGAUGAAGUUGUUGAUCAACAACCCAUGGGCAGCCGGAAAGACUCGUCAACUGACGUGGCUAAUCAUCGUUCUAUGGAGGCAAUAGAAGUUAAAACAUGGCCGGAGAUCUCUGCAGUCAGAAAAUCAGCAUCUCAUGACAAUUUUGCUGUUUUGGUGCAUCUGAAAGCCCCGCACACCGUUGGCCUCCGGGUUAACCAGAGUGAGAUGGCAGUUACCGGUCAGAAUUCCCGAGCUCCAGUUGAUCUCGUGACUGUUCUUGAUGUUAGCGGCAGCAUGGCUGGUACCAAGCUUGCAUUGCUAAAGAGAGCAAUGGGGUUUGUGAUUCAAAACCUAGGCCCUGCUGACAGGCUUUCGGUCAUUGCAUUCUCUUCUACUGCUCGUCGUCUCUUCCCUCUUCGUAGGAUGAGUGAUACUGGUAAGCAAGAAGCAUUACAAGCAGUGAAUUCACUCAGUUCCAAUGGUGGGACGAACAUUGCCGAGGCCCUAAAGAAGAGUGCCAAGAUCAUGACUGAUCGCAAGUGGAAGAAUCCAGUUAGCAGCAUAAUAUUGUUGUCUGAUGGACAAGACACAUAUACCGUUAAUAGUCCUAGCGUAGCUGCUACACAGGUGAAUUACCAGUCACUACUUCCCGUCUCCAUGCAGCGCAAUGCAGCUUCAGGUCUCCAUAUCCCAGUGCAUGCAUUUGGUUUUGGUGCUGAUCACGAUGCAGUCUCAAUGCACUCAAUCUCAGAAACUUCAGGCGGAACAUUUUCCUUCAUAGAAGCUGAAAGCGUUAUUCAAGACGCUUUUGCUCAGUGCAUAGGUGGCCUUCUAAGCGUGGUGGUCCAGGAAUUGCGUGUGGAAGUUGAAUGCGUUCACCCUGUUUUGCAUCUCAGUUCAAUAAAAGCUGGAAGUUACAAGGCCAGUUUAGCAUCGGAUAACAGAAGUGGCGAUAUUGAAGUUGGAGACUUAUAUGCUGACGAAGAAAGAGAUUUCUUGGUCAUGAUAGACAUACCGGCUGAUCAGUCAAGCAAUGAUAUGACCCUUGUAAAAGUUAAGUGUACAUAUAAAGACCCUAUAUCGAAAGAUUCAGUAACCUUGGAUCACAUUGGUGAUAUCAAAAUCGAGAGGCCUGACACAAUCGGACAACUUGUUGUGUCAAUGGAAGUUGACAAGCAGCGUAACCGGCUUAGUUCAGCAGAAGCUAUGGCGGAAGCAAGAGCUGCAGCUGAAAACGGUGAUUUAGGAGCUGCAGUAUCCGUUCUUGAGCAUUGCCGGAAAAAAUUAUCAGAAACCGUAUCUGCCCAAGCUGGAGACAGGCUAUGUCUUGCACUCGACACCGAGCUGAGGGAAAUGCAAGAGAGGAUGGCAAAUCGUCGUGUUUAUGAAACAUCAGGUAGAGCUUAUGUCUUGUCCGGACUAAGUUCACAUUCAUGGCAGAGGGCAACAGCUCGCGGUGAUUCUACUGAUAGUACAAGCCUGAUUCAGGCUUACCAAACACCAUCCAUGACUGACAUGGUUAGCCGAUCACAAACAAUGUACCUCGGUAGUCCAGCUCCUCGACCACCACUAAGGCCAGUACGAUCAUUUCCUGCACGACAACAACCUAGGUGAUCCUCGACACACCUUUUCUUCCUGCAACUUCCAAGAAUCGGUUCUGUCAAGACUCUUGUUUUCUCUCCUGUUUCAAUCUUUUCGGGUUUUCGGACAUCAUGGGCUAAAGGGGGUAUAUUUCUAGUAAAAUGUACAUUAAUAAGAAGAUUUGGCAAGUAAUCCUGAGUUCUCUUUUGGUGAGUUUUGGGGUAUAGUCCAUUGUAAUUGUGGGUAUACAAGGGGGUGUUUUCUUGAUUUUAUAUAUGAAAGUUUUCUUCACUA